UAAAACUUUCUGAAGAACAAAAAAAAAUACAAAGACAUGUUCGUGAAGCUCCUCACCAUUUUCUUCUUCUUUUCCUUCACACUACUCUCUCAGUUCCCAAAAUCCUCUUCCCAAACUCUUGACUUCACGUACAAUGGCUUCCUUCCUCCACUAACCGAUAUAUCCCUCGAAGGUAUCGCCGCCGUCACACCCAACGGUCUCUUGAAACUAACCAACUACACCAUGCAGAAAACGGGUCACGCCUUCCACACCAAACCAGUCCGGUUCAAAGAUCUUCAAGACGGCACCGUUUCUUCCUUCUCCACGACUUUUGUCUUCUCUAUUCAUUCCGAGAUCCCGAGCCUUAGCGGCUACGGCAUGGCUUUCGUCAUCGCUCCUAACCCAAGGCUCCGUUACGCGACGGCAAGUCAAUACAUGGGUCUCUUCAACAUAACAAACGACGGUAAUGUCACUAAUCACGUGUUCGCUAUCGAGUUUGAUACGAUCCAGAGUCCAAAGUUCAAUGAUACGGACGAUAACCAUGUGGGAAUAGAUAUCAAUAGCUUGAUAUCUGUGGAGAGUUCGCCAGCUGGGUACUGGGACAAAAAUGGUCAGUUCAAGAACCUUUUAUUGAUCAGUGGCAGACGGAUGCAGGUUUGGGUUGAUUAUGAUGGCCUUACCCACCAGAUGGAUGUAACAAUGGCUCCCUACGCUAAGGACAAACCGAAAAAACCGCUUGUUUCUAUCGUCAGAGAUCUUUCUUCCGUUCUUCAGCAAGACAUGUUCGUAGGAUUCUCGUCUGCGACCGGUACUAUUGUGUCGGAAUAUUAUGUUCUCGGGUGGAGUUUUCGGGUGAAGGGCAAUGCUCGGCCGUUGGACUUAUCAAAACUUCCCAAACUUCCGAGGUGGGAGCCCAAAAGAAUAUACAGCAUCUACAAGACUUGGAUGCCAUCCGUUUGCAUAUUUUUUGUUCCCUUCUUGUUUAUUUCCACGCUCAUCAUACUCGUGCGCUUUGUAAUGAAGAGGAGGAGAAAGUUUAAGGAGGAGCUCGAAGAUUGGGAAACAAGGCUUGGGAAGAACCGAAUGAAGUUCAAGGACUUGUACUGUGCCACCAAAGGGUUCAAUGAGAGUGACCUUCUCGGAUCCGGUGGGUUUGGAACCGUUUACAGAGGUGUCAUGCCAAGGACAAAGAAAGAGAUCGCUGUGAAAAGAGUCUCCAACAAAUCCCAUCAAGGGUUGAAAGAGUUUGUGUCUGAGGUUGUGAGUAUUGGUCGGAUGGGUCAUCGGAACUUAGUCCCACUCCUGGGUUAUUGCCGCAGUAGAGACGAGCUUCUUCUGGUGUACGAGUACAUGCCUAAUGGAAGCUUAGACAAGUAUUUGCAUAAUAGUCCUCCAGAGGUAACUCUCGACUGGAAACAAAGGAUUAAAGUCAUUAAAGGUGUGGCAUCCGCCUUAUUCUACCUUCACGAGGAAUGGGAACAAGUGGUGAUUCACCGUGACAUCAAAGCCAGCAACGUCUUGUUAGACUCGGAGCACAAUGGGAGACUUGGGGAUUUCGGUUUAGCUCGAUUGUGCGGCCACGGGUCAGACCCUCAAACCACGCUAGUCGCUGGAACGUGGGGAUACCUAGCCCCUGAUCACGUCAGGACAGGACGGGCCACUACUGCUACCGAUAUUUUUGCGUUUGGGGUGCUUUUACUAGAAGUAGCAUGCGGUAGACGUCCUAUCGAGAUUCGGAACGAGAAUGGUGAGAGGGUCUUUAUUUUGGAUUGGGUUUUGGGAUUUUGGAGUGAGGGAAAUAUCUUGGACGCCAAGGACCCAAAGAUAGGGACGGAAUAUGACCGAACAGAGGUCGAAAUGGUUUUGAAGCUAGGUUUGAUGUGCACUCACUCCAACCCACAUGAUAGACCAGCUAUGAGACAAGUGUUACAUUAUCUCAUGGGAGAUGCAAUAUUACCAGAUUUGUCCCCUUUGGACUUGGGUGGGAAUGAGAUGUUGGAAAUCCACCACGAACUUAGCGAGACAGGCAUGUUCACAUGUGGGUCUUCGAUGGUUAAUUCUAUAGUCUCCGCUUCCAGUGGGAGGUGAAUUUUCAAUAUUUCAACGUUUGUGACUCGAGCACCACCCCUAGUGGUAGGUAGAGAUACUAAUUCAAGUAUCUCAAUAAUAAAAUAUCAAUACUUUU